AUGAACUCGAUCGUGUCGGUAAAACUCACUGAUGACGGUAACGGUUACGUAGACGAGUUUACGAAGAGAGUCUCGAAGGAGUCUGUAGGAGCAGCUUAG